AGAAGUACAACCGAACCGACUACCGAGACGGCUAAGCUUCCGGUAUAACCAACAGUGGUGCAAACGAUGCUUAAUUUUUUGAAAAAAAAAAGACAAAAAUACACAAAUGAGCUAAUGUAAUAUGAGAGCAGUCAGAUGUUUCCGGGCGUCCGUCGCUUGUCACCUGAAGCCAUCACGACAGACACAAAAUAGAGAAGUAAUAUCAUGUGGUGAGCAGGACUGGAGCAGAAAGGUGGAGUGGGAACAGCAGCAAGGUUUUUAGCCUACAUGAAGCAUGAAGAGCCCAGUGCACAGAUGCAGGGACAUGGAGCAGAACCGUGGGCAAACAUGGACAGGAAACAGAUACUUAAAGGCAGAGCAUCGUAUCCCCAUCUCCAAGGACGUCAUCACUUCAACAUCUGCUUCUGCUAUGUGGUUCAUCAAGGACGCCUGUGGCAUCAUUUGCGCUAUCAUCACAUGGCUGCUGGUUUUUUAUGCCGAGUUUGUGGUGCUGUUUGUAAUGCUGCUGCCCUCCAAAAAUCUGACAUACAGCAUUGUCAACGGGUCUCUGUUCAAUGUUCUGGCCUUUCUAGCCCUUGCCUCACACAUCCGAGCCAUGUGCACUGAUCCAGGGGCAGUGCCGAAAGGCAAUGCGACCAAGGAAUAUAUUGAAAGCCUUCAGCUGAAACCAGGACAGGUGGUCUACAAAUGUCCCAAGUGCUGUAGCAUUAAGCCUGACCGAGCACACCACUGCAGUGUUUGCAAACGCUGCAUACGUAAGAUGGACCACCAUUGCCCCUGGGUCAACAACUGUGUUGGAGAGAACAAUCAAAAGUACUUUGUGCUCUUUACUAUGUACAUUGCGCUUGUCUCUCUUCACGCAUUAUUCAUGGUGGUUUUCCAUUUUCUCUACUGCUUUGAAGAUGAUUGGACAAAGUGCAGUUCCUUCUCUCCACCAGCAACAGUCAUCCUCCUCAUACUCCUGUGCUUUGAGGGUCUCCUCUUCCUCAUCUUCACCUCUGUGAUGUUUGGUACCCAAGUCAAUUCCAUCUGUACUGAUGAAACUGGCAUAGAGCAGUUGAAAAAGGAAGAGAGAAGAUGGGCUAAAAAAACUAAGUGGAUGAACUUGAGGGCAGUGUUCGGACACCCUUUCUCCUUACUUUGGUUUAGCCCUUUCUCCACUCCUGACCACGGGAAGGCUGAAACAUACCAAUAUGUGGUGUGAAAAGGGAAGAAGAAGGGAAGAUCAGGCCAACGUGAGCCCCACUAAGCACUAGUGGUUAUGGACACCAUCACAUGUGCUCUGCGGGCUUACUCCAUGCUUGCCUUCAAACACUGUUCAUUUGUGAAUUUGCAAACACUGACAAAUCUGUUAAUUUUCUGAGAAGUUGCUUCUCUUCAAAGGCACCCUGAUUAUCCCCGUUACCUGGAAACCAUAUAGCAAGCCCAUCGUAAAAUUAAGGAGAGGUUGUAUACACUAAUCGGUUUGUCGACUCGUUCGCUAGUUCGAUGUCAACUAGUUACUCAUCGGUUUUUGACAUGCUCGAGGAGAAGGCAAAACCGCUUGUGGCAGGACAAAUCCAAAGAGUGAAAUGAGUAACCUGACUUGAUUACGCUGCACAGAUUAAUUAAACUGAAUAUAUUCACAGUGAGUGAACACUUAUGGUUUGAUGAAGUUAAAAUAUUUCAAAAUCACAAUUUUGGCAAAAAAGACCUAGGUUUAUUAAAAAAUGAAUAACGAAUAUAAGAGCGGUUUUGUAACUUGCACAGUUGUGUAAGCGCAAAACAACGAUUGUUGCGUGACAUUUGCUCAGCAAAGCUGCCAUUGGUGGGUUACAAGUGAAUUCUAUUUAUUGUAUUACUGGAACUGAAUUUCACCCGCGUGUCGAACUGUGACAAUUCUGAUUUACUCUGGUUAUGCUCAGAGGGGAAGUGAGAUAGCUUCACUUGGCUGAAUCCGGAAGAUAAAAGCUAAUUUUCUAAAAGAAUAUGUGCACGUGUCAAGGCAGGCUCAACUUCCCCACCAAUCCCAUGUAUGUGCAUGCUAGAAAUACAACUGCUCUGCUUUCAAACUCAAUUGUGUUUCUCUUGUGAGAGGACUUUUAAAUUAAGUAUAUCUAUGAUUUUUCUGCUUUUUAUGAAGGACAUUGAGUGGACUAUUUCUAUGGUUUUUCUGCCAUUCCAAUGCCUUUAAAGACUCGACCUCACACACUUUGAUGGUGUUCACUUGUUCAGUGCUCUGUUUUGAGUCAAAGCACUCAGUGUCUUUUGAAUUACAUGUUUGGUUCACUUGUAUUUUUCACAGUUCACCCUAAAUUCUUCAAAAGCAUAUACUUACACCCUGACUGGUCAGCUUUUAUGUUAAAAAAGUUGAACAGUGUAACAUUCCCCGAUUGUGGUACACUGCUGGCCAAAAGUAUUGGCACCCCUGCAAUUCUGUCAGAUAAUGCUCAAUUUCUCAGAGAAAAAGAUUGCAAUUACAAAUGCUUUUGUUGUAAUAUCUUAAUUUAUUUUUGCUUGCAAUGAAAAAACACAAAAGAGAAUGAAAAAAAUCAUUGUUUUUUUUUUUUACCAAAAACUCCAAAAAUGGGCCGGACAAUAAUAUUGGCACCCUCAGCCUAAUACCUGGUAGCAAAACCUUUAAGCAAAAUAACUGCAAACAAUCGCUUCUGGUAUCCAUCAAUGAGUUUCCUACAAUGCUCUGCUGGAAUUCUAGACCAUUCAUCUUUGGCCAACUGCUCCAGGUCACUGAGAUUUGAAGGGUGCCUUCUCCAAACUGCCAUCUUCAGAUCUCUUCACAGGUGUUCCAUAGGGUUCAGGUCUGGACUCAUUGCUAGCGACUUUAGAAGUUUUCAGUGUUUUCUCUCAAACAAUUUUCUUGUGCUUUUUGAAGUGUGUUUUGGGUCAUUGUCCUGCUGGAAGACCCAUGACCAUUUGAGGGAUACCCAGCUACGUCACACUGGGACCCUACAUUAUAACCUAAAUUUGUUGGUAGUCGUCAGACUUCAUAAUGCCAUGAGCACGGUCAAGCAGUCCAGUGCCAGAGGCAUCAAAGCAACCCCAAAACAUCAGGACACCUCCGCCAUGUUUGACUGUGGGGACCGUGUUUUCUUUGAAGGCCUUGUGUUUUUUCCUGUGAACUCUAUGUUGAUGCCUUUUCCCAAAAAGGUCUACUUGUGUCUCAUCUGACCAGAAAACAUUUUUCCAAAAUGUUUUUGUCUUUCUCAGUUAAGUUUUGGCAAACUCCAGCCUGGCUUUUUUAUGUCUCUGGGUCAGAAGUGGGGUCUUCCUGGGUAUCCUACCAUAGAGUCCCUUUUCAUUCAGACGCCAACGGAUAGUAGGAGUUGACACUGUUGUACCAUCAGACUGCAGGACAGCUUGAACCUGUUUGGAUGUUAGUUGAGGUUCAUUAUCCACCAUCCGCACAAUCUUUCGCUGAAAUUUCUCGUCAAUUUUUCUUUUCCAUCCACAUCUAGGGAGGUUAGCCACAGCGCCGUGGGCUUUACACUUAUUGAUGACACCACAUGGUAGACACAGGAACAUUCAGGUCUUUGGAGAUGGACUUGUAGCCUUGAGAUUGCCCAUGCUUCUUCACAAUUUUGCUUCUCAAGUCCUCAGAAAGGUCUUCUUUUUUUUGUCCAUGCUCAAUGUGGUACACACAAUGACACAAGACGGAGGUUGAGUCAACUUUAAUCCAUUUUAACUGGCUGCAAGUGUGAUUUAGUUAUUGCCACCACUCUUAUGUGCUACAGGUAGAGCCUGAAUUAUGCUAAUGCGUUGCAGUGACGGCGAAGCGACUACGUCGUGAAUGAGCAUUCGAUAGUUCUGCGGCAUUGCUCUGUAAUUCCCCGCCAAGCCACUAGAGGGGUAUGGCGUUGUGUUUGUAGGUUUUAUGGGGGGACUCUUGACGACUUCUAGUUUUCUUCCGGUUACACUGCUAUGCUAAAAAGCUAACGGAGAUAAAACGUUUGAAUUGGAACUUCAGCUCAUCAACAUUGAACAACAAAUGUUGAUCAUACAAAUGUUGAGGCACAGGCGACGCAAAAGACUGUUUCGGAGGCGGUCUGUUGGACUUUUGAUGGCUUGAUGCAGUCACAUUACGAAUUCUAGACUCGGGUGGAAGCCAGCAAGCUGUGGCGGCUUGCUUCAAACUGGCGUCGAGCACUGUGUCCAGCGUUUUUGUCCGUGGUCUGCAAAGAAUUGUGGAUUGCCCUCCAGCCCGAUUUUUUUUGCCGUGUCCUACAACCAGCCAGUGGGAAGCCAUAGCAGAUUUCUGGCGGCUAUGGAACUUCCCAAACUGCGUUGGGAGGCUUGAUUUUAAGGUUAUCAUAAAAAGCACCGAGGCACUCUCAAUCAGUGAUGUAUCAAGUGUGUGAACUGUCUAGUGGAAAAUUAAACAUCAAAACAACUCUUGACACCAAACCUGUGCUUUAUUCUUCAUAUAGCUUUAUUCUUCAUAUAGUUGAAGUGUGUCACGUAAAUAAGUCACAGACUCACAGCAAACAUAUGUACACAAUAAAUGAUGAAGUGGACCAACUAAAAAUACGACAUAAAGGGAUAAAAAGCUGACUGGGUCACCCCUUCGGGUGGCCAUUCGAUUCCGAACACACACAUAACUUGUUUCGGUGGGUCUUCCAUUUUUUUGUAUUCAAUCGCCAGCCCUGUAUUUUCAGCAAUCUCCUCCCACAGAUUGCUUGCCAUUUGGCAAUCUUCAUAAUGGCUUGACGAGACAUUGUAGAAGUUGUCGUACUUGCUCUUCGUUGAUACUCUUGUCGGCUUCGUCCAUUUUUGCGUGUAACAAAAUAAUGAUUGACAAUGGCGGUGAUUUUGCGCUGAACCAGAAACAACAGUCUGAGCGGACCAAUCACAGUCCAGUUCCACCACGUCACAUGCGUUGACGCGACGCGAAGUCAGAAAAAUUGGGAAGGAACAAGAGGCUACGGCGGAGGGUCGUUAGUCGGGUCUUCCUUGACGGCGCAGGUCUGACGUGGAAGCAUUACUCGGCCUUAAGUAACAGGUGCUGUUAAUUGCACAAAUUAGAGAAGCAUCACAUGAUUUUUCAAAGGGUGCCAAUACUUUUGUCCGGCCCAUUUUUGGAGUUUUGUGUAAAAUGAGGAUUCUUUUUUUUUCCCCGUUCUUUUUUGUUGCUUCACAGCAAGCAAAAUAAAUGAAGAUAUUACUACCAAAGCAUUUGUAAUUGCAAUCAUUUUCUGGGAGAAAUUGAGCAUUAUCUGACAGAAUUGCAGGGGUGCCAAUACUUUUGGCUAGCAGUGUAUAAAUACCAACUGGCAUUUCAGGAAGCUGGGUACAUCUUCAUUGUGAUGAUCACAUUUGAAGGGAAAGGAGGAUAUGGUUUUGCCUGUUGUUGUCUUUUACCAGUUUAACUCAAUCGUGUUGUGAACAGACACGAUUCAAUUUAAUGUGAGGCUUCAGAAUGACCCACAGACAAAUUGAUUAUCAUUGGGUAGAGAUUUUGAUCCAGAUUAUUCAUUGAAACGUGGGAAAAACCUGAUAGAAGGUUUUCCAUGAAAGAUACUGUAGAGAUAACAAUAUUUGAUCAAAGCACGAUUCAAACAUAUUCAUGAUCGCGAUCCAGAUUUUAUCUCAAUUAGUCAAAAUAAGAAAAUCUGCUCACUCGUUUUUUUUGUUUUUUUUUUUUGGUUGGUUUGGUUGUAACAAAUAUGCAUUGAAACAAACAGGUAAAGGUAUAACCUCCUUUGCACAAUUAAAACACGACUUUGGUAACACAGAUUUCAAGCUCUGUUGUAAAUUUUGCUUUAAUUAUUCAUUUAUUCUAUCUUUACUUUGUAUUGUAGAUCUGAAAGCGUGUGAAGGCAUGAUAUUGACAAAAGCUACAAUAGAAAACAGCUGUUGCUGAUAAUGUAGGAAUUUCAUUGUUAAACAUCCUUAAGUAAUUUCAACACACAGGCAGGGAAUAAACUAAUCAUUUGCAAUGCAGAAGUUAUUUCUUUAUAACAUGCUUCUCCUCAAAGGGUGCCUAUCAUUUUUUUUUCCUCCACUUUUUUGAUUCUCCCAAUACUUUUUCGCCACUUUUAGGAUUAGUUCCUGUGCCUGAUUUUCCUGCUUAUUCAAUACAAUUGUUACAGUUAAAACUAGAGGUCUUCGUUCACUAUGCAGUGGUACCUCUACUUACAAAUAUCUGUACAUACAGACUUUUCAGGUUAAGAGACUACUCAACGGGAAAAUAUUGCCUUUUGUUACUAAAGAAAUUUCAGGAUACGAAAGGCAAAAAUAUAGUAUGGAUGGUACUUGCAUCUCCCAGAGUUUACUGAACUUAACAUACUUAUUAUAGUUGCUCUGCCAUUGGCUAUUGCAUAGCAUUAUUGGCAUCCAGAUGGCUAAGAGGGACUUCUACUGUAUGUGUAUUGCAGCAUCCUUUUCAUUCGCCCCUCAUGUUACGACGGCUUUGCAUUAGUAUAUUUACUUUUAUUCUUUAUUCUUGUUUUUUACAUUAUGCACAACUCUGAUUUUAUGUUUCUUGUGCAAUAAUCGUAAGAUGCAUUUGUUUUGAUACAUUUUUAUGCAUUAGAUUAGAUUUAUGUCUAAAUUUUAGGCGGCUUGGAACGGAUUUGGGCAUUUACAUGAAAAACGAGUCCCUACUUACAAAAUUUUCAAAUUACGAAACUACUUCCAGAACCAAUUUCGUAAGUAGAGGUACCUCUGUAUAAAUGUUCUCACUGUCUGACAUGAAAUCCAUCUAAACCUUUCUUACUCAUGUCAAUUAGGAUUAUCAAAAUAUUUUUGUUCUAUUCUUCCACAAAAAUUUGAAAAUGUAUGUUGAAUGUCCUUCCACAAGAUUUUUACUGUAGAUGUCAGGAAUUUGGGUCCAUUUCUUAUUACAGAAAUGGUAAAACCCAGCUUGGUUUUAGGGGCCACCUUACUCACACUUAACUUUUCAAAAAUGCCGCGAAAACUUUAAGGAUUGAAAUUAAAGCUUUGUGGCCAAGCAAAACAUUGAGCUUGUUAGCCUUAAGCAGUUGUUGUAACUACAGUAUGCUAUGGGCAGUGUUGUUAAUCUUACUUUAAAAAAGUAAUUAGUUACAGUUACAAAUUACUUCUCCCAAAAAGUAAUAGAGUUAGUAACUCAGUUACCUCAAUGUAAGAGUAAUUAGUUACUUGGCAAAUUAACUGACGUUACUUUUCAUAUUCUACACGUUAUUACUAGGGCUGUCAAAAUUAUCGCGUUAUAUUUUUUGUAUGA